ACAAGUCAGCAGUACCGCUCCUUCUUUUAUAUUCGAUUUUACAGUUCAUUUAUAUUCCUUUUAACGCAAGUUUUCCAAAUCCAAAUCGCAGAACAAAAAAUGGAGUACAUACAUCUUGAAAAGCUUAAUCAACUAAAUUAUCGAUAUUGGGUUACUAUGGUACGUGCUUAUCUCGAAAAAGAAGAUUUAUGGGAUACUAUUGAGAGAUCCAAUCCGGCCGAGAAUACACUACUGAAGGAACGGCAAGCCAGAUUUAUUAUUCUGUUUCUCGUUGAACCGGGAAUUGUUCGUGAUAUUCCGUAUCAUAUAAAAAGUGCCAAGGAUAUGUGGACCUAUUUUUCGCAACGCUUCACCAGAAGAAAAUCUCGUCAAGUUUAAAUGUAUUGCUGAAAUAUGUGCUAUAUUGUUAAAAUAAAAUAAAUAAUUCAUAUAUAAUAUCUAGA